AUGGGUUCUCAACAACAGCAAACUGUCAAUAUCACCGAUCUCGAUCUUCCUUCAUUGCAGCAGGUGAAGACGCAACUUGAAGAGGAACUCUCUCAUCUGACGCAAUCUUAUGGCAAACUACGUGGAGCUCAAGCGCGUUUCUCUGAUUGUGCUGAUAGUGUCGAGUCAUUGAAGAGUGAAAAAGCAGAUGACAAGACCAUCUUGUUGAGCGACGUGGAAAAGGUCAUUGUUGAUGUUGGUACUGGUUACUAUGUGGAAAAGAGCUUGGAUGGUGCUACGUCAUUUUACAAGACCAAGGAAGAAUACGUCAAGCAAAAUCUCGAGAAGCUUCAAGAAACAAUCAAUGGAAAGCAAAGCAGUUUGAGAGCUAUUGUGAAUGUGAUGCAAGACAAAGUACAACAACAACAAGCUGCAGCAGCAAAAUCAUAA